AUGCUUGUCUGUUCUGGCUUCGCUCUGCUCACUGCGCUACCGAUCCUCCUAUUUCCUCGUAGUCUACCUCAGACCAAACCUUGUAUACAGACCCUUGAUCUCUCACACUCGGUCGCUCCUACCACUGGUGGUAACAGAGACGAUAGUUCCAAUGAUAUUUGCAGUAGCAAGGCUGUUGAGGAUCUGCAAUUCGGGCUAGUAAACUUGCCACUUAAUUCUGAUUUAGACCAAGGAAUGAAGGAAGAGGUAGACCAAAAUGGGGCCUUUCAGCUAGAUAAUUUAUCUCGUUCUCUGAGCCACCGUUCUCCUUGCUUCAAUUUGCAACUUGCAAGCCCUUUGAGACAAAGUGAAACUGAUUUUGGCUCCUCUUGUAAGAUAGAAUAUGUGCAGAAGACCGAGAGUAUGCUAAAUUCUACAUCUUUGGUCGAAACGGUGGCUGUUCCGAAUGAAGAGCUAUGUCCUGUACGCAAUCUCAGGUUGUCAGAUCUUCGAUUAAUCGAGGUACCUAGUAGUCUUGGGGAUGUGAUAUGUCCAGUUGUUAGCACUUCAAAGUCCGUCGGACAUUUAGCUAGGCAGACUUUUGCUACGCCAUGCUCUUCAUCUUGUGUCCGUCUACGAGGUUGGCUCGCUUCCGGACAUAAUCUCGCGGAGCUGGCCGACUACGGUAUUGUGAUGACUGGACAAACAGGAGGGUGCAUUUGCGUCUGCUGCGGCUACGAUCCCCGACGUCAGGUGGCUUUGACGCCUGUGGCUGAGAUCUCUGAUCUAGUAAGUCAUAAGUGCUCAUUGGCUGAUCAGUUAUCCCAAUAA